AUGCCUCGAGGAAGAUCAACCACAAGUGCCCACACAGAGAGCAGCGAGAUGGAUACUGAUGGUAUAGCAGAAACAGAGCUGGCCAAACUGCAGAGACAGUUCCGCAUCAUGGAAGUGGACCGGCAGGCAUACAGCAUUCAGUCUCAGAAGCAGAUUCGUAAACAACGGCAACAGGUAGAGAAGCUUCAAAAAGAACAAGAGGAAUGGCUGCGAAGUCUUCGUGUUUCUGAGAAUGUGUCCUGCAGACAGCAGGAUAGUGAAGACACUCAGAGCUUGCGUACUGUACUGGAACAGAGAGAUGUGCUGGAGAAGGAGUUGGCGAGUGAGAAACAUUGUCAGAGACAGAUAGAGGAGGAGAUAGCUGACAUGGAAAGGAAGCUUGUCACGCUGAAAAAGGGGGCGGCCAACAGUAGUGAUACACAGAAGUUUCACACUCGGCAGACUCAGAAAACCAUACGCACCCUGGAGAGCAAACUGCACAGAGCCUUGAUUUGUUUCAGUGAGCAGCUGACAAAAAACAGCCAUUUGAGAGAGGAGUUAGAGACUCUGCGCAUGGAACGCAUCCGUUUCCAGCAAAUACACCAAAGACUGGAUAAGGAACUACAAGAUAUCCGCAAGGAAAUUGGAGAAAUUAUCACCUUGUCAACUGCUGCUUAUGAUGCCAGAGUGGAGGCUCAGUCUAAAAUGACCAUGAUGAGGGAGAAGGCAGUUAAGGACCUUGCUCAGUUCAAUGCUGAGAUGAAGGAACUGGAAAGAGUUAUUGCACAGGAGUGCUGCCUUAAAGAGUUUAUGACUACUAAGUGGAAUGAGAGAUCUGGUCAGGUUGAGGGCCAGGAGGCGGAACACAAACAACUAUCAGAGCUGAAGGAACAGAAGAAGAUGGACUCGGUAGAGGAGUCAAUGGACAUUCUAGAGGAGACAUUUGAGAGGAUUAAGGCUGUGACAGGAGAGGACAACCUAGACAUGCUGGUCUCCAGGUUCAUCCAGGUUGAGGAUCGCAACUUUGCACUUUUCAAUUUUGUAAAUGAGCAAAACAAUGAAGCUGAGGCACUGAGGGAUCAAAUCAGCCAGACCCAGGGUGAGAUCGAAAAGUUUCAAAUGAAAGAUGUGCAACAGAAGCAAGAACGUUGCUUUCUGCUGAGAGAAAUCGACGAGCGAUUGAAAGAAAUUGAAUCCCAAAGGAGAGAGCAUGAAAAACAAGCCAGCAUUGUCAGCAAGAUAAUGGACCAGCUAAAAGCCGGAGUGAGCACCAUCUUCACUAAGCUGGAAUGUGACCGGUCAGUAAUAGAGGACAUGCUGGGCUCCUCUACAGGGAUCAGGGAUAAUAACAUCAUGUCUUACCUGGGUCUAAUUGAACAGAAGACAAACGAGCUUCUCACCAUUCAGGCCUUCCUCAACACCAAGGAUGCUGAUAGGGUCUACAAUCCAAAAGACUUGGCCAUAUACCUACUGGGCCAAAAUCCCGACAUGUUGAAGCAGAAUAUCAGUAUCCAACCUCCAGUCGCUAGAGAUGACUAUGAUGUAGAUGAGUCUCCUCUCAUUGAUGAUGAAGAGCGACCUCUUUCUCAGAGAGAACUUCGCCAAAGAAUCAUGGAGUAA